AGCCUUACUUCGACUUCAUGAAUCCAAUGACUUUGCUGACACAGCCACUUUCUUAUGCACUAGCACUCCUCUGAACCUCAUCAUUACUUUUAUUCAAUGAUUCAAAGUCGGUCCAUUGAUGUAGCUGAGAGUCCAUGAUCAAAAAAUGUUGAUGUAGUCUCGCCAACCCACUGGCCUCUUUGAAAGUCACCCCAGAUGGACUGAGCAUCCAGAAUUCCAACAUCGAGUUGCCAUCGCAAGCUCAAGAUGCGCUUAAUCAAAGCUUCAUCCAUACAUAGCAACAACCUGCAACUCGUCGACUUCAACCCCGAUCAGCUUCCCCGGUACGCCAUUCUCUCGCACACCUGGGGCGACAACGAAGUCAUCUACGUCGAUAUUAGAAACGAAAAUGCCGCCACUAAGCCCGCUUUCCAAAAGGUCCGCUAUAGCUGCAUCCAAACCCUGGCAGACGGCCUCGAAUACGUCUGGAUCGACUCAUGCUGCAUCGACAAGAGCAGCAGCGCAGAGCUUUCCGAGGCCAUUAACUCCAUGUACGAGUGGUACAUGAAGUCAGAAGUCUGCUACACUUACCUCUCAGGCGUUCCCGCCACCGUAGACCCAGUCAAGACGGAUGGCGCGUUUGCCUCGUGCCGGUGGUUCACGCGCGGCUGGACGCUCCAGGAACUCCUCGCCCCGGCCGAGAUGGUCUUCUUCUCCGAAGACUGGGUGAAAGUCGGCGAGAAGACGACGCUGAGCAAGCCACUCUCCGUCAUCACGGGCAUAGACGAAGACAUCCUCACCGGCCUCAGACCCCUCGAGUCAGCGAGCCUCGCCAAACGCAUGUCCUGGGCCGCGCACCGGCAGACGACGAGGCCAGAGGAUGUCGCCUACUGCCUGAUGGGCCUCUUUGGCGUCAACAUGCCCAUGCUCUACGGCGAAGGCGAUCGCGCCUUCCUCCGCCUCCAAGAGGAGAUCAUGAAGCAGUCCGACGACCAGUCCCUCUUUGCCUGGGUCGACCUCAGCGCCUCGACCGAGACCUACCACGGCCUGCUGGCCAAAUCGCCCGUCAACUUCGCCUACUCCAAUUCCAUCAUGCCCUACCAGGACUGGGAGCCGCGGCCGCCGUACUUCAUGAGCAACCGCGGCCUGCGCAUCGAUUUACCCCUGACGCUGCGCGACCAAGACAUCUUCGUCGCCGCGCUCGACUGUCCCGCGCCGCCAGAUUACGAGGAUUCAACUUUCCUCGCAAUCUACCUCAGAAAGAUUUCUAGCGGCGGGGACCAGCAAUUCGCCCGCGUGCAGGUGAACCAGUUCGCCAAAGUCCAGGAGCGUGGGAAUAAGCAGACGCUCUACGUACGGCAGACGUUCAACGGCGUUGCGGACGCGGAGGGCGUGUUCCCGCAGCACAUUGUCCAACUCCGAAGGGGUCCGCCGCGGGACCAGUACUCGGUACUGAAUCUCGUGCACUCCAAGGAGGCCGAUAGAGGGGACCGGCCUGCGGCGUGCACGUCGAGCAGGGGCUCCGGAAGGGACUUGAUACAUACGGCGACGGGGAAGACGAUUGCCUUUCGCAUCCCGAAGGCGGCGGGCCAGCUCGCCGGGGCCAUCACAUUCGCGCGGACGGACGGGUCCCGGCUGCUCGUCAUGUUCGGAUCCACGGACGGCAUCCGAGCCGGGUUCCACGCCCGCGAGCUACCGCCUCGUUUCCCGGGCAUGAGUCAGAACCAGAACCAGGCAAAGACGAAGAGCUCAUCGAACGCAAAAGAAAACCAGCAACAAGAACCGCCAGAAGUCACAUUUUCAUUCGACGACUUGCAACAGAUGUUCCGGCCGACGCCAGCGGGCGUCGACGUCGAGCUGGAGCGGUUCCGGGUGCGCGUGGACGUGGAGACGGUGAUUGCAAACGCGAGCAAGUACCUCAUGGCCGACGUGCUCAUCGAGCCCGUCAAUCGGCCGUGGGACCCGUUUGAGCCGCUGGAUGCGGCUCUCGGGUGGUACGAGGGGGCGACGGGGCGGCAGAAUCGAGGGCAGGCUGCCGCUGCUCAAGCGGCGACGGCGCAAGUUGCGGCCACUAAUAGUACUAGUGGGAAAACAAAAAGAGCUUCUUCCGGGUGGAGGAGGUUGAUCUCGUGAGAUAUGUCUGGCCUCGAUGAGAUUGCACUUUGCGAUGAGCUAGCAGGGCAUAAGAAGACCUGGAUACCUACUUAUACGAGGAAGGGAAAAGGGGCACAUGAAUCAAGAGAAAUACCAUGUCGGUAAAGAGAGU